GCCGCUGUGAACCUCGCCGCCCCGGCCCCCGCCGCCGCCGCCCGAGGAGAACAGGAGGGCGGGCGAGAGAGCCAGGCAUUUGCGGAGCCUCCAGCCCUCGGCGGCGCCGCCUCGCAGGCGGGGACGCUGCAGCCCGAGUUUACAGGAAACAGGAAACUAGUGUGAAAGGAAAGGAGAGGACUGUGUCUUUUUGUGUUUUAAAAUACGGAGUGUGCAGCUCUGAAUCUUGAAUCACGCCCAAAGGAUGAGCUGUCGGUGCUGCAGUCGUGACCCCGGUUGAGCCUGAAUGGCAGAAGUCUGCUCCACGAAAAAACAUGGCUGCCAAGGAGAAAAUGGAGGCAGUGUUGAAUGUGGCCCUGAGGGUGCCAAGCAUCAUGCUGUUGGAUGUCCUGUACAGAUGGGAUGUCAGCUCCUUCUUCCAGCAGAUCCAAAGAAGUAGCCUCAAUAACAACCCUCUUUUCCAAUAUAAGUAUUUGGCUCUUAAUAUGCAUUAUGUAGGUUAUAUCUUAAGUGUUGUGCUACUAACCUUGCCCAGGCAAUACCUGGUUCAGCUUUACCUAUAUUUUUUGACUGCCCUUCUCCUCUAUGCUGGACAUCAAAUCUCCAGGGACUAUGUUCGAAGUGAACUGGAGUCUGCCUAUGAAGGACCGAUGUAUUUAGAACCUCUCUCCAUGAAUCGAUUUACCACAGCCUUAAUAGGUCAGUUGGUGGUGUGUACUUUAUGCUCCUGUGUCAUGAAAACGAAGCAGAUUUGGCUCUUUUCCGCCCACAUGCUUCCUCUGCUAGCACGACUCUGCCUGGUUCCUCUGGAGACCAUUGUUAUCAUCAACAAAUUCGCUAUGAUUUUUACUGGAUUAGAAGUUCUCUAUUUUCUUGGGUCUAAUCUUUUGGUACCUUAUAACCUUGCUAAGUCUGCAUACAGAGAAUUGGUUCAGGUUGUGGAGGUAUAUGGCCUUCUAGCCUUGGGAAUGUCCCUGUGGAAUCAACUGGUGGUCCCUGUACUUUUCAUGGUUUUCUGGCUCGUCUUGUUUGCUCUUCAGAUUUACUCCUACUUUAGUACUCGAGAUCAGCCUGCGUCGCGGGAAAGGCUUCUUUUCCUUUUCUUGACAAGUAUUGCUGAAUGCUGCAGCACUCCUUAUUCUCUUUUGGGUUUGGUCUUCACGGUUUCUUUUGUUGCCUUGGGUGUCUUGACACUCUGCAAGUUUUACUUGCAGGGUUAUCGAGCUUUCAUGAAUGAUCCUGCCAUGAAUCGGGGUAUGACAGAAGGAGUUACGCUGUUAAUCCUGGCUGUGCAGACGGGUCUCAUCGAGCUGCAGGUGGUGCACCGGGCAUUCCUGCUCAGUAUUAUCCUUUUCAUUGUUGUAGCUUCUAUCCUACAGUCUAUGUUGGAGAUUGCAGAUCCUAUUGUUUUGGCGCUGGGAGCAUCUAGAGACAAGAGUUUAUGGAAACACUUCCGUGCUGUGAGCCUUUGUUUAUUUUUACUGAUAUUCCCCGCUUAUAUGGCCUACAUGAUUUGCCAGUUUUUCCACAUGGAUUUUUGGCUUCUUAUCAUUAUUUCUAGCAGCAUUCUUACCUCUCUUCAGGUUCUGGGAACACUUUUUAUUUAUGUCUUAUUUAUGGUUGAGGAAUUCAGAAAAGAGCCAGUAGAAAAUAUGGAUGAUGUCAUCUACUAUGUGAAUGGCACUUACCGCCUGCUGGAGUUUCUUGUGGCGCUUUGUGUGGUGGCCUAUGGCGUCUCGGAGACCAUCUUUGGAGAGUGGACAGUAAUGGGCUCAAUGAUCAUCUUCAUCCAUUCCUACUACAAUGUGUGGCUUCGGGCCCAGCUGGGGUGGAAGAGCUUUCUUCUCCGCAGGGAUGCUGUGAAUAAGAUUAAAUCAUUACCUCUUGCAACGAAAGAGCAGCUUGAGAAACACAAUGAUAUUUGUGCCAUCUGUUAUCAGGACAUGAAGUCUGCUGUGAUCACGCCUUGCAGUCAUUUCUUCCACGCGGGCUGUCUGAAGAAGUGGCUGUAUGUCCAGGAGACCUGCCCCCUGUGCCACUGCCACCUCAAAAACUCUUCCCAGUUCCCAGGGUCAGGGACUGAGCCGGCUCCACAACCGCGUGCUGGAGCUGAGCAAAACGCAGUGCGUCAGGAAGGGACCCAGCCGGCUCCACAACCACGUGCUGGAGCCGAGGAAAACGCUGUGCGUCAGGAAGGGACUGAGCCGGCUCCACAACCACGUGCUGGAGCCGAGGAAAACGCUGUGCGUCAGGAAGGGACUGAGCCGGCUCCACAACCUCGUGCUGGAGCCGAGGAAAACGCUGUGCGUCAGGAAGGGACCCAGCCGGCUCCACAACCGCGUGCUGGAGCCGAGGAAAACGCUGUGCGUCAGGAAGGGACUGAGCCGGCUCCACAACCACGUGCUGGAGCCGAGGAAAACGCUGUGCGUCAGGAAGGGACCCAGCCGGCUCCACAACCGCGUGCUGGAGCCGAGGAAAACGCUGUGCGUCAGGAAGGGACCCAGCCGGCUCCACAACCGCGUGCUGGAGCCGAGGAAAACGCUGUGCGUCAGGAAGGGACUGCACCCCCAGACCAAGAGCAUCCUCGAGGGACCGGAAUGGAAGAAGGUUCCAAAGACAAUAAUGAGUGCAUUGCCAGCAGAUCAGGUAGCCAGGAAGGGACUUAUGAGCCCAUGGAAUAGCUUCUUGGUGCAAAAGAUGAAGCACGUGCUGCUGAGGUCAACCCAGAAGAAAAGCAGCAGGAGUAACGCUGUGUGUGCUGGCGGGGAGGCUAACUCCGAUGGAAUUUGUGCCCAGAUUUGAGAAACAAAUAUAUGGGGUGAUUAGGUGGGAAAUUUGACAUUCCAAGGAUCUAAUCCAGGAAGUACUUACUCUCAGUGGAGACCACCUGCUUUCAUGCCCUUGACAUUGUGGGAGAAAUUUUGCAAUGUAUGCUAAUCAAAAUGUAUUUAUAUAUCCUAUGCUGAUGUUUUGUAGAGGUUUGCCAAGGAAAUUUAACCUCAACAACUUCAGAAACUGUCCCUGAUUUGUAAGGGAUAAAUAAAAUCAGAUUUGAGUGUUUGAAAGGGGCUAAAGAAAGAAAGACAACAUAAGGACAGUCUGGGAAGAGGCAGGCAGAAUGGAACUGACAUUUCACUUUCUAUGGGACAGGAUCCUUUUUACAGAAUAUGAGUAGUGACCAGCCCCUUUCUCCACCCCCUUUUCCCUCAGCUAAUUUGAACUCAGUCUGGUAAUUAUUGAGUUUUGUACAGCACCGAUUGAAAUCAAAGAUAUAAAAGCAUUAAUUGUAUCCAGAGAUUGAAACAUGCUCAUACUUUGUAAGUGCUUUCGGGGAGGGGCGGGUGGGCAUUUGGCCUCAGGUACAUUCACGUAACCUGAGACUCAUGAACUUUCUGAUGGAGUCCUCAAUAUUUUGUGUAUAUGAAAUUUUUGUUAAUAUAUCAUACACUGUUGGCUGUGUGAAGUAAUCUAAAACUCUAAUGAACACUUUGGAGUCCACAUUAGUGUGGGAGACCAAAGUGGGAAGGGCUUUAGGGCACUGAUAGAGGCCUUGUGUACUUUUCAAUCCUGUGUAAUGUUUAGUUCUUGCAACUGAAUCAACAGUGUUAAGUUAUGGCAAUAUUUGCACUUGGGAAUGAGUACAUAACUGUAUGAUCACACUGCAAAUGCCACUUUUAAAGCUGUUAAUAGACUUUGCACCUUUUCUUUGAUAAGGAUGUGUCAUAUUUAAAUUUUUACAUUCAUCAUGGCUACAGGUAGACCGGGGGGGGGGGGGGGGAUACAAUUUUUUAUGGGAAUUUUGAUAUGAAAAGAAACUAGUCAUUUAUUUAUACAAUAGGCUUGGUUCAGAAUGUUUUUCAGACUUGGUAUUCCUAAUGUGGGUUGUGACUUUAUUUUAUUUUUAGUAGCAAAUUUGGAUGUAGACUGACAGACAUAGCUGAAUGUCUUAAUAAAUUUAAAUUUGAAGAUAA